AGAAGAAUUAAUUUUUUGGUUAUAUUCAGUUUAUAAUUUAUGAUUCAGUUUUUUAGUCAGAGGUUUAGUGGUGUUUUGUGGUAUUCAGUUAUAUUUGGGAGAAAAAAAAUUGUUUAUGGUUUUUCAAAUUUCUAAAACUUUUACUUAAAUAAUGUCUGACGCUUGGGAAGAAAUACAAGAGGUUCAAAGGAAGCGCAAUAGUUUCAGGGAACGCCUAGAGAAACGAAAAAAAGAGAGACAAGAUAUUCUAGGCUCGAAUUUGGUAACCACUAGAUUCACUGUAACCAAAUCUGAGACUUUUACACCUACUGCUGGUGUAACCGUAAAAGAUGAAAUUAAAAUAAAAACGGAAAAGGCUGUUGACAUUGAUGACCCUGUAAAAAUCGAUCCCGAACUCGAGAAAAUGCUUUUAAAAGAACUUGCCAAUGUAACAUUACCUUUACCCACAUCCUCUAGUGAUUUGGUUGGGAGAAUAAAGCCUAUAUCAUCUGCAGAAGUAUUGCACAAGCAAGUAUGCAAUUUAUUGCAAAAGUUUUCAAUGCAGAAGCUGAUUAUGGUUAAAGAUUCUGUGAAAGAUGGACUAGUUUUUUUAGAAGUUGCAUCAGUGGAAGUGACUAAGGUGAAUGCCAUGAUAGCUGAAUUUAUAGAUGAACCAGAGAGACCAACAUUAAAAGAUACUUUGAAAAGAAAAAGAAAAGAGACUAGUAUAAAUUGUGAAGAAAAUGAUCAUGAUGAUAAAAGAAAAAAAGAAAAGAAAGAACCUACAACAGAUAUAUUAUCACUUCUUUCUAUGCCGUCUACUAAAGAAAAAGAAACUAAGAAGAUUGGGGAGGAGAUUAUGGACUUGUUAAGUAAACCAACCGCAAAAGAAAGGUCUUUGACAGAGAGAUUCAAAUCUCAAGGAGGAAAGCAACUUAUGGAAUUCUGCCCCCAUGGCACAAAAUUAGACUGUGAAAAAAAUGGAAUUACUGAUUGUAAAAAGCUACAUUUCAAGAAAAUUAUUCAGAAACAUACAGAUGAAUCAUUAGGCGACUGUUCAUUUUUAAACACCUGUUUUCACAUGGACACUUGCAAAUAUGUUCAUUAUGAAGUAGAUAGAGCAGGAAAAAGUACGGACCAUCAUAUGACAAUUCAAAAUAAGCCUAUCGUUGGAAGAGUUGAAAGCACCACCUUGUAUCCUCCUCAGUGGGUUCAGUGUGAUCUACGUUACUUAGAUAUGACUGUUUUAGGUAAAUUUGCAGUCAUUAUGGCUGACCCUCCAUGGGACAUCCACAUGGAACUACCUUAUGGCACUAUGUCAGAUGAUGAAAUGAGACAACUUGGUAUUCCUCAGUUGCAAGAUGAUGGUUUGAUUUUUCUAUGGGUCACUGGUAGGGCUAUGGAAUUAGGAAGGGAAUGUUUGAAUUUGUGGGGCUAUGAGAGAGUGGAUGAAAUUAUUUGGGUUAAAACGAAUCAACUUCAAAGAAUUAUCAGGACAGGUAGAACAGGGCAUUGGUUGAAUCAUGGAAAAGAACACUGUUUGGUUGGUAUGAAAGGUAACCCCAAGGACUUGAAUAGAGGUUUAGAUUCAGAUGUUAUAGUUGCAGAGGUUAGGGCUACCAGUCAUAAACCUGAUGAGAUAUAUGGUAUGAUUGAGAGAUUAUCCCCUGGUACUAGAAAAAUUGAGCUUUUUGGAAGGCCACAUAAUAUACAACCAAAUUGGAUAACAUUAGGUAACCAAGUUGAUGGAAUUAGACUUAUUGAUCCCUUACUCAUAGAGAAUUUUAAGAAAAGAUAUCCUACAGGCAAUUGUAUGGCUCCACCACCCGAUAAUGCACACUAAUUUAGUUCGAUAACAUAUAAUUAGGUUCUUAAGUUCAAAAUCUAUGUUUUUUCAUUACCUAGUUUUUAUGAAUAAAAAAAUAAGAAUAUCGAGUU